CCUCGUAGUUUAUAUUUUAAAGAAACUGGCACUUUGAAAUGUCAUUUCUGUACGAUAAAAUCUCAAAUGCCAGGACUUACUGGGACAAGAAGACCUGUUCGUGCCCAGAAGAAUGGAAUGAGAAAAUCGCAAAGUCAUCUACCGUUUACGUAGGCAAUUUGGCCUUUACAACUCCAGAAGAGCGCAUACAUGAGGUCCUGCAAGCGGCUGGAGAAAUCGAGAGAAUCGUACUUGGCCUCAACAGCAUCCAAAAGAGUCCCUGCGGCUUCGCAUUUGUGGUAUACAAGGACAUAAAGUCGGCAAAGAGAGCGGUUGGCAUGUUUAAGGGAUGCGUUAUAGACGGAAGAGUCAUCCGUGUGGACGCUGAUCCCGGAGACAAUAUCGACACUGAAAGGAGACUUGCGCGUGGAAUUAACGGUUACCAGUGGCGUGACGCGUUUAGGAAGGAGUUUGAUACCAGCAGAGGUGGCCAAGGGCUAGGAGUUGACCACGAAACACUCAACCAUAAUCCAAAGGUACACCAAAGCGCAUCGACUACACUCUUGCCGUAAUGGCCGCUGGCAUGACAAAGAGUAGAAAUAUCCGCAUGUACAGAUAGUAGACUUUUCUCGGUGUAGAGUAAAUGUUACACUAAU